UUUUACCUGUCCCAGCACUGGGACCCAGAGAGACCAAAUAACCUGGGCGCUUUGUAUUUGAGCUGGAGGAAUCCGAGUACUGCCGAUUCACGAUGGCACAACUUCUUCUAGCAGUUUUGGCAGUAAAAUUCAUGGUCUUCUCAUCCGUGCAAGCAGAACUUCCAGGGGUUCCACCAUACGAAGUUCCGUCAGCAUUCCCAACCGCGGUGUUUUCUAGUUAUUAUUUGCAACCAGUACCAACAUCAGAACCCCAACCCGCAAUCUUCGACCCUGUGCUGAAUAUCACAUAUCCAUUGAACCUCACCGAUCCAACAACAAUUCCAUCAGCAAGCACUGAUCCAGUCUUCUAUCCCGUUGCAAUAGCAAAUCUGACAAAUGCAACCUCAGAAACCAUCAUCCAAGCAGCAAUAGCUGAAAUCAAAGAUAUAAUCUCGGAUAAUGGUGGUUCAUCCGGAAAUUGUUCGAAAUGUAUUGCUGCCUUGAGUGUUGGAAAGGUAGUCGCCCAAUUGGCGCCAACAUAUAUUCCGGAUGCGAUGGUGUCUUUAUGUCAGUCAACGGGAUGGGGAACAACCAAAUCUUGCCAGACUGGCUACAAUGCUACGAAUUUUGGAGCUAUUUGGACUCAAAUUCUGGCUUUGGCUGAUGUCAAUGGGCUUGAUGGGAGGUAUAUUUGUAGCUCGUUGAGCAGUACUUUUUGUCCUGCUCCAGCACUUACGCCGUUAAAUACUACUGGAUUAUUCCCGAAACCAAAGCCACUGGAUCUGUAUAUACCUGAACCGAGUGGGGAGAGGGUUAAGGUUAUUCAUUUGUCGGAUUUUCAUUUGGAUCCAAGAUAUCAGGUUGCGUCGGAAGCAAAUUGUUCUUCAAGUAUGUGUUGUAGGUAUUCUGGUUCGACGGGAACUUCUCAAGCGGUAUUUCCAGCGCCUUUGUAUGGAGCAUAUAAGUUAGUAGAUCUUUUGGAACCCAUAGAAGUUUGUAACUGACUUCCCUAGAUGUGAUACACCAUAUUAUCUCGGCCUCGCAGCAUUGCAAUCAAUUGCUUCCCUCACAGGAACAGGGACAACCAAAUCCAACGCUGCAUGGUCAAUCUACACGGGUGAUCUGGUAUCUCACGAUCCGGAAAAUGAAAUGUCACAAGCCUACGUUGAGUACACCGAAACCAGCAUUUACAGCAUGUUCAAAUCAUACCUCGAGGGUCCGGUAUUUCCAGUGCUAGGAAAUCACGAUUCCAGCCCUGAAAACAUUGUCGGCCCAUACAAUCUCCCAGGACCACUUGGCCAACAAUUUAGCUGGAAUUACAAUCACGUUUCUGGUUUAUGGCAACAUAACGAAUGGCUCAGUGCUGAAGAAGCAAGUCAAGCCGCUGUUCAUUAUGCAGCUUACUCCAUUGUUAACCACUACGGACUCCGAAUCAUCACACUCAACACAGAUUUCUGGUAUCGGAACAAUUACCCAAAUUUCAUCAACAUAAGUAACCCCGACAACUCGGGCGGCUUCAACUUCCUCAUCAAUGAACUCCAAGCAGCAGAAGACAACUGCGAAAGGGUGUGGAUAAUCGGUCACGUCUUAAGCGGCUGGGACGGUACAAAUCCACUCCUGGGCCCAUCAGAUCUGUUCUAUCAAAUCGUGGAUCGUUACUCUUCUCAUGUAAUCGCAAACAUAUUCUGGGGACAUACACAUGAAGAUCAAAUCAUACUUUACUACUCCAAUAAUGGAACCGUUCGCUCUACCGAUACAGCGCAGACAGUAGGUUGGAUAGGACCCUCCGUCACGCCCUUGACAAACCUCAACUCAGGGUAUAGAAUGUACUCCGUAGACACAUCAACAUUUGAGAUCUACGACGCAUACACAUUUUACUCCGACAUCUCCGAAACCCCCACUCUCAACUCUACAGGCCCAACCUAUCAGUUCGAGUACUCUACUCGUGAUGCUUACGGACCCUCUAUCGACUGGCCUGAGGAGGCCCUAUUGAACGCUACAUUUUGGCACAAGGUCACGGAGGCUAUGGAGACCAAUAGAACGUUGGUAGAGACGUUCAAUGGGUUCCAGGGCAAGAGCAGUUCGAGGAGUCUCAACUGUACGAGUGAUGCUUGUGCACAGGCUAAGGUUUGUUAUAUGAGGAGUGGAAGUGCGCCUCUUGGGAGGGCUUGUCCGCAGGGGUUUGCGAGUGUGCAAAGUCCUUAUACUGGGAAGAACUUUUGAUGAACGGAGGAGUUUUAAGGUUUUUAAAUAGCAAUGAUGGAAUAAAGUUAUGAUAGUGAGGCUGGUUAAGAAAGAUGGUAAAGACUGGGCGUACACUUAACGCCAGGCACUUUUUACUUUGUGAUUCCCAUUGCAAACGCUGUUGUAGCGCAUAUAUUGAACACCGAAUCCUAA